AUGUCGGAUGUGUCGCCUGUGAAGAGAAACGUGCUGGCUCGCAAGAGCGUUAACGUCAAGGCUGGCGCGCGCAAGGAUAAGAACAACAGCAACCAGAGCUCCCCCAAGCGCGCAAAAAUAGAGUCGAGCGAGUCGAGCGUGACCACAGGACGCGUUGCGUCUCCCCUCCGGCCGUCGGGGCAGUUUACAUUUUACAAAGAGACCCCCGAGGAGCGGGCGCAGGUCAUUCAGCAACAGACCACGGUAGCGCAGCAGCGGGUGCGCGACGAGAACGACUUCGAGAGCUGCAAGGAGAACCUGGACUGCGAGGAGACGGCCAAAACGGGCGCGGCGGCGGGCAAGCCCUCCCGCACCGCUUUACGCGACUUGAGCAUCGAGGAGUAUUGUGGCUACAUCGAGUACAAGGGGGGCUCCAGCCGGAACCAACUGACACUGCACCUGGCACAUCCUACAGUGCUACCGAGCUUCGUGACUCCUCCACGCAGCGCAAAGCUCAGAGCGUUUUUCACCGCCAAGCAAGUUGUGAAAAGCAAGCGGCGCUGCAAACGUGCAAAGACCACAGAUGACAUCUGCAAAGACAGGACGGUGCGCAAGCUGGAUUUCACGAUCCACCAGGAUGCUUAG